AUGCAGUAUGAGGAAAAUUAUCGGAAAGCUCGUGAAUUUGUCAACCAAAGAUAAAAUAAAAUCAAUUUUAAACCUUAUAAAUUAAAUAAACCUUAAAUCACUACUAUGCAUCAGAUCUUAGAUGUGAUACGUUCAAAAAAAAGAAGCAAUAGUUAAUUCAAAUAUCUAAAACCUGCAGCAUAAACAAAAUAAGAAGAUAAUCAUUUAUAAAAGAAGUUUAUAACUUCAAAUUUGGAACCUAAGGAUCAUACUCAAAUUCUUGCAGCCAAAAUUUUAAGAUUAAAUAAAAUUACUCGAAAUAAAACCUAAGUUACACCAAUUUCAUAUACCUGUAUGGAUUAAAUUAUAGAACCUUUGAGAUAAUAAACAGAGAUCUCAUAUGAAUAAAAUUCUCCUUUAAGGAUACGAAAAAACAUCCCUUGUGUUGAGUACUAAUUACCGAUCGAAUUGUAACUUUAGGAUAAUCAGAAAUAUGUAAACAAUAUAACUGAAAGAAAAUUUUAUAUUCAGAAAUCUAGGCCUAAAGAAAAUUAUAAUUCGUAGCAAACUAAGAAUAAGAGUAUGCAAAGUUGCUUAUCACAUCACUAAAUUAUUUAUAAAGAAUAAGUAAGUCUUAAAUUAAAGAGACUGAAUCAAACGAUUUAUUUAAGUGAAUAGGUAAAAAUUAUAAAUUCAAUUAAAAAUGAAAAAAUUGAAGAAUAGAUAUAAUAAAUAAGAAAAGUAAGUGGUUGGACAAUCAAGAGCCAAUAGAGUUUUUAAAAUUUAUUGUGA